CAACCCACAACCCAAUUCUAUGGUUCGUGAGACCAACAGGACGAUCUCGAUAUCUACAUAUGGCAGGAAGAGCAGUAUGCAGGCUAGCAAGGCCCCGUUCUGGCGUCUUUCGCGUGCCUGGAUGCGUGUCCCGUAUCCGCCAAGCUGGAAUUUUGUGAAGGAUGAUCCUCCGACUGGAUAUAAUGCAAUAUCGAAGUGACAAGGCAUUUCGGAAUUAGCUUGAUUUUGGUUCACCAGUGACUAGUCAGGUCCUGUCGGCAGGCUGCUGGCAUUGUUUGUAUUUUGAGUAUACUAGGAAAACACAGUAAUAACAAAAGAGCCAGCUCGUCUACCCUGUGCGAACACAUACGAAGUACUCAGACUGUCAAUCAAGAUGUAUCGAUGCCAUCAUAUUUUUUUGAUUUUGUUGUUGUUUUCUGGUGGCAUUCUUGGAGAGGUUUUCCGAGGCGAUCAAAAUUGUUCCUGCGGAUUCUACGACCCAGACACCGAAGAGCUCUUCACCGACGCCAUCAUCGUGUAUUUCAACGAAACUGACAGGAUACCGGAUGAUUUUGUUACCGAGAAAUACGAAAACACGUAUGAGAAAGAUUGGAAUGCGAUCUAUCGCCAAGGUGCCCUGCCAUCCAAUGUUCAGCUGAAUGGAUCAUCGAAGACAUUGGAUUUAUUUGUUUCGCCUCCUACAGACGAGCACCUGGUCAAUGGAGCGGGACUUUUGACUCGAAGAAAAGACAUACAGCACGGCUCGUUCCGCGUUUCCAUGAAGGGCGCCUCCAGAUCAUCGCGUGGGACGGCAAUGUCAAUGAUGUGGCAAUUCAACGAAACCGAAGUCACAGAAUUAAGCGUAAUGAACAUGAACGACCCGAUGGAAGCCUGGGUUGGGACCUUCGUGAACAACGAAUUCACAACCCGCGACUUGGGUACAAACUUUUCUACGGCUCUCGCUACUUCGCAUGCGAGUUCCAAUUACUCGACCCUUGGGACGUCCCUGACUAACGGAAGUAUGGAUCUAUGGUACUUCACCGAGUACCGAAUCGACUGGACCAAAGACAUGAUCAACUUCUUUAUUCAAGGGAACAUGUCGCGCUCGGUUGAGAGAGCUAAAAAUAGAGGAAUGCCGUCCGUCCCAGCACCGUUUCAUUUCAAACAUUGGUCAACUGGCAACCGAUUCUCGAUGCGAGGGCCACCGAGGAAACCAGCGAUUGCUAAAAUUGAAUGGAUACGGAUGUUUUUCAAUUCGUCAACGACGACGACCCAAGCUCGCGAAGACUUCAAUGCGCAAUGCUCCCUGGUAAAUGCUUGCUCAAUGGGAGAUCAUACAUUACGAGGCUCCACGCCCUCCUCUCGCGAGUCGGCGGAAAGGUGGAAGCAAGAAGGUAGCAAAAGCAUCAUACGAAAGCCUGCAUUGUGGAUAUCGGUCAUUUGCCUGUGUUUUUCCUCUUUCCUGGUUAUACACGCUCUCAUUCUCCGAGCUCCGUGGAGAAGACGCAGUAAGCCAGAUGCGGAGGAUAAGACCUCUCAAUCGGGACCCAAACCAGCGGAUCAGUCCGAUUCCAAUCCAUUUGAAGCGCCAGCGUACAUUAUAGAAGCGCGAACUUCGACAUCCCCUUCACCAACAAUCACAAGCGGGUCAAUGCUUUCGGGAGGUCAGUCUCAGGACGACCUUGCGAUCGAGAAAGUCGAGGCCAGUCCUGAGGCCUCUCUUUGGGGUGGUUCCACCCAUGGCGGCCCGUCCCGGCCGGCAUCUACUAGAUUCGAUAGUCGAGGUACAACACCUAAAGUGCUGUCGCCUUGUCCAAGCACCAUCAAUAUAGCUCGUGAAGAGAUGCCUCUACCGAACCGCAGUCUCCAUCGAUUGGAGAGAUUGUCCGUCGCGACUUCCAAACGAGGUUCCGAGAGGACACUGGUGCCCUCGAACACCAAAGAACCGCAGGACAAAGUGCAGAUGAGCACUGUCACUGAGUCUGCGUUGCCGGCCCCUCGUAUGAAACCUCAGCCGCUUCCGCCUCGACAGAGGAUUGACUAUCUCGCUGGACUGGUUGCCAUGUGUGCUAUCUUAGUCACUGUGAUGCACUUCGGCUUAACGUUUGUUCCAGCGAUAGUGAUACCAGGCGCCCCACGACAUCAUGAAUCCGAAUACUGGGCGCAGCGGAUUGUCGCGCCCUUCAUUCUCAAUCAGAUGUGGCUUGGUGUCUUCUUCACUACCUCUGUCCGCUUCUUAGUUUCGCCAUACCUGAAAAGGGGCAACUUGCAAGAUAUUGCGAAAGCUGCUGUCCGUAGAACACCACGUCUCAUGAUUCCGGUGGCUUCAAUUGCAAUGCUUGAGUAUUUCCUUGUUGACUGUGGGGCGACAAAGUUCUUGAGAUACAUACCAUCGCUCACAUGGUCCACAUGGCCAUACGUGACCCGCUACCCAACAGCCGGACACUUUGUCUCCGAGGUGCUAGAACUCAUAUAUCUUGUGCCCAACGGCGUGCCACAAAUCACCUUCAACUUUUGUACGGGUGUGCUGUGGACAAUUGCCGUGCAACUUCAAGGCACAUGGCUCAUUCUGUGUGGCGUAAUCGUCGUGUAUGAGAUCAGGAGUCCGUGGAAGCGCAUGGCAUAUUAUGCCUUCUGCGUGCUCAACCAUUGGUAUGCCCAAUCCUGGGGCUCGUACCUCUGGCUCGGGCUCCUCCUGACCGAUCUGGAUAUCUCGUUCAAAUACAGAGAGUAUCUUCAUGCCUCACCUUGCGUCUACUAUCCACUGAUCACUUUGCUAUGGCUGUGCGUCGCCACCGGCUUCUCAGCAAACGUCAUUCCCAACUGGAUCGAUUUCAACUUCGCAACCUACGAACACAACAUCCACCCAGACAUCCCGAGCGGCGAAGCCCUCUGGAACACCCCCAACGCCGGCUACCCAGCGUACUACAAGCCGCGCCUGAACGGCCUCCUCUUCGCAGCAGGCAUGCAAGCCAUCGUCGAGAUCUCCCCAUCCGUCCAAUGGGUCCUCUCCAUGCGCGCCUUCCUCGUCCUCUUCCCCCACAUCUUCACAAUCUACCUUCUCCACGGCCUCGUCUUCUGGAGCUGGGGCUCCUGGCUCAUGAUCUUCCUCGCCGACCGCGGCCUCAGCUACGGCACCAACGUCGCCGUCGUCGGCGUCACUUCGUACGCCCUGCUGUUCGCCAGUCUCCCCCUUGUCACGCCCGUCAUCGAGGCGCUGGGUAAGGACAUCACGUCGCUGGUGUGGAUGUCGGCUGUCGAGGAGAGUCCGCCGCGCCGACGCACGCUGUUUCCGUUUCCGGACGACUUGCUGGCUUCGCGGCAGGGCGGCGGGAAGGGGGAGGGCGAUGUAGAGAAGAAUGGAGGCGUGGCGGUGAGGAAUAGUGCGGGGAGUGGGAGCGUGGUGGUGAGUAGUGGGUCGGCGACGCCGAGUAGUGAGAAGGCGAAGGCGAAAGAUGAGAUUAAGGAGAUCAGUCAGUUUGACUUCCAGUUUAAGGGGAAGGGGAAGGUGCAGCAGGUUAGGAGUGUUUGGGAUGAGUGAGAGAGUAUGUAAGUACGUCAAGGGGUGGUAAAUAAUCAUGGCGGUGGUGAGGUAGAGAUUUGGAGUCUGUCGUCGUUUGAGUUUUAUAUUCCUUUUACAGAGAUGUAUGUAUUGGUCGUUCGUGUCGCAACGAUCAUAAGGUCGUUGGGAUGGUAGGAAGGGGUUGGAUACAUGAGCAUGUAUCGUUUUUUUCCCUUCCCUUCUUUGUUUAGGGGCUGGUAAAUAAUAG